CUGCGCACAUUUGCAUCGAGGGCACGCAGGGUGGAAGCGAACUGGACACUUCAGUUGUCUUCAAACAACCCAGAGGAGUCAGUUACUAGCUUUUUGUAAGCGCUCAGCGUUCAUAGUAUACCUGCCACACGGUGUAUAUUUGUCUCUGAAGUGAAUGUGUACAUUUUUACCCGCCAUAAAGUAGCUGUCAAGUUGAAAACCUAGCUGAUUAGCUGGGUAGCUAGUGACAAUGAACUGUUAUGCGUUUUGAAACAAUCGGCUAAUGCUCCGUUAGCCAUCCAGUUGUCACUGACAUCAUUCCGUGCGAUGGCGACAUGAUACACCCGCUGAACUUUUUUACCUGGACAUGUAACCGCUGCAACAUUUUCAUCAUGGAGAGCAAACGCAGCAAUUGCAGGCCCUAGGCUGGAAACAAUAGCAAAGCUAGCAGAACUAGCAAGCCUCCGUGGCUGCUAAGCUUGCCCUGCCUGGUGCGUCUGAGGAGCCGAGCUGAAAACGGCGAGGUAUGUCGUUGAACCAACCAAAUUCUGUCUGUGGUCACUUUGUUUUGUUGUUAUUUUGCACGUGGUCAGGAUGCGAGGAGCGAUAAGGGGGUGCCCUUUAGUUUUUGUUGAAGAACAGGCAGAGCAAACUUUUGUUUGCUUACCGUUAUUCUGACUUGAUUUUGCGCUAGCGUGCGAACAGCUAACUUCGAGUUAGCUAGACACUGAUGCAGGGAAAGUUUUGAAAGAUGGGGCAUUUAGGAUAAGGUAAGUCACCCCGCUAAUUCUACGAGGUAAACACCCCCGCGAUUUAUCAUGUGUCUCUGAUAAUGUGCUCACCGUUCAUGACAUCGCUUAAAAUGAAAGCAAACUUAGCUCAGCGAUGUUGGGCAUCAAAUUAAUUUACAGUUUUGCGGUUUUUGGGGGCUGUAUAAAUGCAUUGUAUAUUUGACCAAGUCUAGUCUUUCAUCACUGAGUGUUAUUUCUAAAAUAAGAAGUCGCCAUAGGUGACACCUGUCACCCUCUUCAGGCGUCAGUGCUAUGGAUCAGGAGGACAUGACCGAGCAAAUCACAGCAGAUGUGACUGACCGAGACUCCGCACCUCAGCAGCUCGCCUCUGACAUCGUCAUGUCUUCACAAAGUCAAAAAUGGGUGCGCAGCAACGCUGAAAACACCGGCUUGGUUAUAACAGAAGAGGGGCUCAGUAAUGGCACCUGUGACGUUGAUACAGUGGUGGCGUUAUGCUGCCCUGGCGACAGUGGAGAUCUCACUGCAGAGGGUGACCACCUGGCUCUGAGCAAUGAUGGUAUGUCAGAGUUUUCCAACAGUGACCUCUCACUGCCUGAAGUCUGCAUUUCCACCAACAGCAAUACCUUCGAGGAGGACAUGAACUAUGAGGUCCAGCAAGCUUAUAGGAUAUUUACUGGCUUUCUUUUGGAUAAGCACAAAGGGAUCACCAGCCCAUUCCUCUAUCCCAUUGGCCACCAGGAGGCCCAGCAUGGUAUCGGAGGGGUCAAGGGUCGGGUGCAGUCACAGCUCAGGCAGUCGAUGUGCUUGCGGAGGAUGGAGGAGAAGUUUGUCAGCCAGGAAUACGAGACCAUAACAGAGUUUGUUGCGGACUUCAGACUGAUGUUGGAGAACUGUUAUCGCUACCAUGGUGUGGACCACUGGAUCUCCAAACAGGCACAAAAGCUGGAAAUUAUGCUGGAGCAGAAGCUGACGCUGCUGUCCAGAACGCUGCGAGAGAAAACAACUUUGGCAGUUACUUCUAAAGGACGUUUUGGGGCAGAGGAGGAACGGGGCACGGGGGGCACCUCCACGCGGCGGCGAUCCACACCUCGUAGCCUUGCUACGAUCACUGUCGGUGGGCACGAGUCGAUCAUGGUGCAGACCCUGCGGCUAGAGGAGCAACAGAGGGCCAAGGAGGAGAAGAGGCAACGUGAGCUUGAGAAGAAAGAGGCCGAAGAAAUGUCAGCCAAGGAGGUGGAAGAGUGGGAGCAGAGCUUGCUUUCACUGGCUUUUCCCCACACUGUGCAGACGCUCUGGGAACUCCCUGCUAUAGGACACUUUCUCUGCCUAGCUCAGACUGCCCUCAACCUCCCUGAGAUCAUAUUUUUUGAGCUGGAACGUUGUUUGCUGAUGCCCCGUUGCAGCCUGCUCCUCUCCAAAAUAAUGUCUUCCCUGCUCUCGCCUCCACAGAGGAGGGCCACACUGCACCGCCGGCCUACGUUGCCUUACAGGCGAUGGGAGUCAGAGCUAAGGCAGCGUGUCUUAGGCUGGUAUCGAGCCAUUGGUGCCUCCCGUGAUCAGCCAGGUCGCGCUGAACAGCUGGGACUUUGCCACCAGUUUUUUAGCACCCUAGGGGAGGCUAGCCCUUUAGAAGAGAAACCCUUCCACUUGUUGCCCUUCUAUCAGCGAGUAUGGCUUCUGAAGGGGCUAUGUGAUCAUGUGUAUGAGACACAGAAGGAUGUACAGGAUGCUGUGCUCGCCCAGCCCAUCCACGAAUGUAGGGAGUCUAUCUUGGGCUAUGACAGCAAGGAGAAUACCUAUAUACAUUUCCCACAUUUCUGUGGCGCAGACCUGAGGAUCUAUCGCCAGAGCCCCAGCACACCCCCAGCAUUCCCAUUUCCUUCGGUAUGGGUGAAAAGAGUUGAUUUUAAGCCAGGUACAGAGGAUGAGUCAGAUGGAAUGCGGGAUGAGGGCAAUAAAAGUGAUAGGGGGUGUUAUGGAGUCUCCAUGGACACUGUAGAGACUGGUGAUUUGGGAAAACGGAAAAGAGAGACAUUUAGUGUUUUCAAAAAGGAAAAUGAGAAAGAAGAAGAUCAAAAAAAGUUAAAGUUGUGGUCGCUGGAGCAGAUUUCUGAAUCAGCGUCCUCUGAUGGAGACUCCUGUGAAGACUCUAAACUGGACUUAAAAAUACACACAAACUCACUGCGCCACACACACAUCAGCCCCAGUGAAGGAGGUAGUGUAAGAAUUCAUUUAAAGCAAGAGACUUUAGAUGUGGAGCAACAAGCAAAGAGAAUCACAAUAAAACAGGAGCCGGGCUUCACACUGGGUGCGGUUCGCACUAUUAAAGCAGAAACACAAGAGCCUUGUCUGAAUGUUGGGGAGCACAGCUACACAGGCAGGUCUCCCGCUCGAUCUGUGAAUCUGGCCUCUCCAACUAAACCGUUGGGAGUCAAAAUGGAGGGAGGAAGUCCCACUCAGGGACACCAAAGCUCUUCGUGUUUUGAAUGUUGUAAAAAGAAAACUAGCAGUGUUAAAUCUGAGGAGUGUGGCUUCUGUUGUGGUCCAUCAGAGCUGGCCACACAGCUGUCUUCUGAGAGCACUCAAAACUCGACUGAAGAGAGGGCGAAUGACAAAAUAUGGACUAAAAAAAAAAAGCGGAAGAAAAAGCGAGGGAGGGAACAGCUGCUGAGGGUAAAAGGAGAGCACAAGCAGCUACAGCAUGUGGACAGGAUGAGGCUGUCCCCAGCUGAGGCUGCCAAGUCCACACUGCGGAAAGUUGGCACAACAAUCAAGAGAAAAGACAAGAAAAAGAAACAUAAAACAGGUAAAAAACCUGAAUGUUCAAAGAAAAUCAAAGAGGAACUUUCAGCUGAGCCCUCAUUCAAGUUGGUAUGCACCAGUCUCGAGGAAUUACGCGAGCUGAUCGGUAAGACUGAAGAUGAGCUUGAUGACCUGGAGAGCACUAAAAAGAGAUUGGGUCGGUGGUACUAUAGGAGAGAAGCAGUGAAAGACCUCCAUAGCACACUAAUCAGACUACUAAAUGAGCUCUCACCCUGGGAACCCAAGCUUGUCAAAGCACACCAAAGGAACAGGCUCCGCUUGAAGAAGGAAUUUGAUGAUUUCAAAAAGCACCCAGAGUACAAUAACUUUGAGCGCGAAGAGAGCAAUUUAUCAUCAUCAUCAGAUGAUGAUGAUGAAGAAAGGGAUUUAGGGAAGGAGGUUCCUUCACUGUCAGAUCAUUAUGGGAGAUCAGAAGAGGAAGACAUGGAAAACAGAGUUCCCAGAGGUCUCUGGAGUGGAGCAAGCACUAGAGACAUUAAGGCUGAGUCUACUGGAGAAAACACGGUGACAUGUGUACCUCCAAACCACCUAAAACACCCUCAAGCCAGUGCAGAGAAAGGAAUUGGUCUGCGGCAAAAAGAUCAGACUGUAAGCAGCAUAAUUGCUUAUGCCGACUCCAGGUCACAGUCGAGAGCUGACCUGAACCCAGCAAAUCAAUCCAGGGAUUCAGCAUGGGCAGAAAGGGUAACAGCCCAUGCUUCAGCGCCUCCCAGAUCCCCCAUCCUUCACCCAACCAUUGGACUACCUAAGGGCUACACGCCCAUCCCCACCCUGCUGGCUAAGAGUGUGGGAAACAAAGUGACCUUAAUGAAUCGACCUGCUGAUUGCCCAGGUGUUAACAGUGAAGAUGAACCGAGCAAGAGGUCUUUGGUCUCCCUGCCUACAACUGCAGUAGCUAACACCAAACUUUCAAAAGCACAAAGUUCUCCAUCCAGUUCCCAACAGAACAAGCAACAGAUUCAGGUACGAGGACCACAGCAGACAAAAGCCCCUGAGCAGUCAGAAGUGGCCACUGUGGCAGCAGUUCUUCCUAAAUCUCCACAAGGCAAACCAACACAGACUGCACUUAAAAAUCCAGUCCAAGUGGUGUACAAGGUGCCUGAGGGACUGGGUCACCUUGUAAGGAAAGACAACAAUAGCCCAAUAAAGAUCUCAGUUCAGCCCGUUCUGGGCCAAGACACUGGAGAAAAGACUGUCCAGCAAGUAGUGAUUCUGCCUUCUAACCUUCUCGUUCAUAAAACUGAAGCAAAGUCUUGCUCUUUAGCUCAACAACAGACUAAAGGCUUUCAAGCAACAGUUUCCAAAGUGGCCAGCUCUUUUUGUAUGUCUACCGAUGUGCCUGGGUUCAGGAUUCCUGAAAACAGAAUUCCUGUUCAACAAGUGGCGCCCCUAAAAGAUGCCAGGACAGUGAAGACCCCUUCUCCUUCGGUUUCACCUCGUCUUCAACACGGGGCUCUAAACAGAGCAGGAUCUAAAGAGGCACAGUUAUGCAGUGUCCAAGCUAGUGCUUCACAAGAUACCACACCAAACACAACCUCCAUCACAGCAGUUUCAAAUGCAGUUUGUACUGAGCCUGAGAAGCCCACAGACCCGAAACAGGAGCUGAAGACUGUGUGCAUCCGUGACUCACAGUCAAUCCUGGUAACAACUAGAUGUGGCAACACGGGCAUUGUCAAGGUCCAGACAUCCUCGGACCAGAACGCACUUGGCUCUGUACAUACCAGUCCAGUCAUCACUAUCUCGCCUCAGUUUAAAGCCUUCCUUCUGUCCAAGGCCACACAGUCUACUUCUGCUCCCACUCAGACCGCACCUUCUGUUGUCCAAGCAAUGACAGUGGCCCAACCCCAGCAGCAGAUUCAUCCUGUGUUAAAAACCCCUUCCUCUCUCAAAAAUACCAUGCUCACUGCAACCACUGGUAGUGGUAUAACAUGCCCAAAAAGUCAAACUACAGCCAGUGCUGUUGCUGUAAGUCAGGGCCUCAGUACCUCAACUGGUUCUACAGUUGUGACAAACAUUUCUCAGCCAGUCCACACACCUGCUGCUGGUUCUCAUUUUCAAGCUUCAGUAGCUAAUAGCAGUGUUGCCGUGCCACUACAAAGUGGCUCAGGGUUUUCCCAAGCAGCCACCAGCAAGACUGGUAUGAAACGCACCACUACAGAUGAAGGAUCCCAAGUUACCAAAUUCAUCCUGGUUACUCCAUCUUCGUCCUCAUCCUCAAAUGUAGCUGCAUCCAAAGGGACACCCUCCUCCCCGAAACCAGGUCCUAGUUCAAGACUCAUGUUUGUCACUCAGCCCGCAUUGACAUCAUCAGCCACCAUCAUUGGAAGCCUUUCAGCACCGGCGAUGGCAACAUGUGCAAGUGGACAGGGAGCAACCACUUCAUUAUCAAGUCAGACUCUGAAGGUGGGAUUAAGACCAGGAAAACCUGCUAGAAGUAUCAGCUUGGAGCCAUUGUCCAAGGGCAAAAACAUCACCCUGCCCCAAGGGGUUCAAAUCCAGUUACCAGGGAAAGCAACUAUUGGACAGACUACUUGUGCCCUGUCACAGUCUGCUUCCAAGUUCACACCAGGGUCUGUUUCAAAUGCAUGUGGUCCAACAACCUUCACCACUACCACUGGACUGGUCCCAGCAACAAGUUUAAAUGCCAUCACUAGUUGUUCUUCCCAGCUUGUCUCUCAUGGAUCAGUCAGCACCAGCUCUCACCUCCAGGGAAUCCCAGCAUCCUCCUUGAUGUCACAAGCAGGCUGUUAUACAUCCAUAAACACUGCUGCUGCUCAGCCAAAGGGAAACAUGAUAAAGAAUGAUGUUAAUAUCCCAGGAAGCGUAGUGUCCAUCACCACUCCUGUUCAGACAGCUACUACUGUAGAGAGUAGGCCAGACCGAACUUCCACACUCACUCUUGACUGUCAGAGGAGUAUCGGUGAAGAAACCACUUCCUCCUCCUCCUUCUCUUCAUCUCAGUUUGCUCGCAAUAAAACCCAACUCCCUCUCUCCUCUGCAACAACCCCCUGUACCCCAUUCACCACCUCUGCAACCAGUACAAUCCAGCAGAGAAUAGUCAUUAACACCUCUACGCCACUUGCUGCUGGCACACAAAUUCUCCUCAACAAUGCACGCUUUGUAGUCCCUCCCCAGGGUUUGGCUCCAGGCAGCCACGUCCUUAUCAUCUCUAGCCCUGCACAACAAGUGCCUCCUGCCAGUCCUACAAGCACUGGACCAUCAGUACCUUCUCAAGGUGCAAGCCAUGCCAUGGUAGCCCCCAGGGCGCCAGUUUUACCCCAACCCCCAGCCAGGCUGCCUGGUGUCCCAGCUGUAAGUUCUCCCUUUGUGGCAAGCACUCCUGCUGUCGUUCCACCGUUGCUGGCAACCACUCCUAAUGUCUUGUCACUAAAACUAACAGGAACACCUGGCCUGGGCUCAAAUUUGUUACCCAGUAAAACAAAUGUAGUAUCGGCACUUCCUAGGUUGCCAACUGCACACGUGGGUAACUUUGCGUUACCUCCAGUAGGUACAUCCACUCUGGUCUCCCCUACAGCAAGGUUAGACAGUGUACCAACUGUACCAGUGGUAACAAGUGCCCCUUGUCUUGGAUCAGCACAGGGCACAGUCAGACUAGCUGCCACUACACAAGCAAAAUGUUUAUCAACCAUUUCACCUGUAGUAGCACCCCCCAUGGCCAGAUUGUCGGGACCUCUGUCAUUGCCUGUAGUACCCAGGCCAUCAGCUGUUACCCUACCCAGCCCUGUUAUACCAGUUUCUGCACCCCUCUCUUCACCGGUAGCACCAGUAAUAGCAGACACACCAGCUUUGCAUGGUUCUCUUCCUGCCCAGCAUGUGAUUGCAGUGACAACCCUUGACCUAGGCAUACAGCCUGAGCAGACAGCUGUCCGAUUUGCAGCACCGACCACCGCUCAACCGCAGGUUUUAAUGCAUUCAGGGCUGAGCAACACAUCAAUCAAAAAACAGACCCCACUCGUGCAAACGGUGCCUGCUGGCACACGGACACAGGUUUUGCCAACUGUGGCUGUUCCACCAAUCAUCAGUGGAGUCUCUAGGAUGCAGGCACUGCCUGUUGCUACUGUUCCACCCAUUGGAAGCACUGUCAACACAUUUGAAACCGCAACUGUGGAGACCGCAUCUUCAUCCAGCACAACUGUAAUAAUCACUCCAGGUCAAGCAAUCCCAUCGAUUAAAACGAACACCACCAUCCAUCCACCUGUUGUACUGACCAAUCAGACACUUGGAAAACACUCUGUGCAGACCUCAGCCCUGGGUCUGCAUACAAGUGUAGCUUCCAAGAUGCUCAUUAGUCCCGAUGGGGCUGUUUUGAACACUGUUCAGCAGCCGGUCAGUUCAGCAGAGCUGACUGCCCCUCCUGAACCUCGGGAUGCACUGGUGAUUUGUACCAACAGUUCCACUGGAGCACUACAAACACAUGAUUCCUCUUUACAGCCUUCAACGGCAGACACAAAGUGAACCAAUUAAAGUGGAGUGUGAAGGCUCAGACACCACUUUUCAGCUGCUUAGUUUUAGCAGGGUUCAUAUAUUUUUGCUUGUUUUAAUCCUGGUUAAAGAACUACCUUUUCAGCUUUAGUUUGACUCCUAACUUAAAGUUAUGCUACAUUAGGUUUUAUCCUCUGGUUAAAUUGUCUUACAUGUAAACCUGCUCAGUCAGACAUGGUGAAAAAUGUAUACUGUGAAGAGUUUCUGGAGGGGGACACUACUAAGGUUUCCCUGAGUUCAAAUGUGUAGACUCUUGCCUUGAGUAAUUACAAGUGUUAUAACCAAUUGAUACAACAGGAAGGUAGAUGAAAUAGAUUUCAGGUUGAGCUUUAGCAGUUUAGCAUUUCAGUCCCAGUAUUGUUUACGAUUCUACUUUUGUCUGUCAGUUUGGAAAGAAAAGAAAGAAAAAUCCAUCAGCAUCCAGUCU